UGAGAACUGGGAUGAUUGAACCUGAUGAUCUUGAAGGUUUUUUCCAAACCUAAACAGUUCUGUGACGCCUGGCUACUCUGCAAGCUGCGCGCAUGCUUCUCGACAUAAGAAAGCUGCAAAGCAAGAUAGGGUGACAUCCUCCUGGAGGCUGGGUUACACACUGCUGCAGAAGCAAGUGGCUUAGCCAAGGUGACCUUCAACCAUGACUGAGCUCGUGGUGGCUUAACAGCGUAUUGCUAGGGAGGGCAGCUAAACCAGCUUGCACUGAACCAGAAUCUGAGUUCAGAUGUGAAUCACAGCAUCAAGGACUUUGCUGCUACCGGGUAGAUGAAGUGGAUGUAGAAGACAGUUGUUUUAUUCUGGUCAAAAGAGGGGAUCAUCUUGCAGCCCAGUUCCCAUCCUGGCUUUUGGAGGAGGAACCUGAGCAGCUGUACGGUCCUGUGAAUUCUUCUAAGACCAAAUUAUGGAAAUGUUAGAUGGCGAGGCAACUCUGGAACUUGCUUGUCUAUCAUCCUCCUCUGAGCAGGCCCAAAGCUGUUGCUGUCCUGACAGUGAGGGGGCUGGAGGGCACAAGGAGGAGGGGGAAGGGGAACAGAGCUGGGGUUCCAACCACAACACCUUCCCUCUCCAGGAUGAAGAAUGUCUGGGUCUCUCAUCUUCUCCUCAUACAGUCUGCUUUUCUCCACGCUCAUCCUGACAGCUCUAUACCCCUUCAGCUCACCAAGACCUCUGUUACGCUGCGGGCAUCAGACUGGAUGCAGAAUACAGAUGCAGCUCUGCUGGUGCUCACUGAAGGGAACGACCUCUGUGGACCUCUUGGCUGUGCAGCAGUACAGACAGCCAGUGUGGGCAUGGUCCCCUGCAGGAUCAGCAGGCACCCUGCUCGGGUCUGCCCAAGAAGGGAUGCUGGCUCCAGGUGUGAUGCUUGUACGUUGCACUGCAUCCCCGUGACAGCACACCUGCAGCAUUUAGCAGCUAUCCGUGGGCUGCAAAACCAGCUUUUUGGGUGGCUGCAGUCCUUCACAAGAGCAGCGGCAGAGGUGUUGGUUGAGUCUGGUUUGUGUUUCCUAUGCAGUAAUGAUAAAUCCCUGGUGUGGGUCAGGGAGAGCUGCCCCGGGUUUGUGCUGGGAGAUGAGCUGCCUGCUGGCACAGCCACGAGUGAGGCAUCAUUCCCUAGCCCCAGGUGCUGAGUGUCAGGAAUGUGGGGACUGCAGCCGUGCCAGGGGAGGCUGAGCAUCCGAGCAGAUGACGGCUCUAAAUUUAAGGGCUUGCCGUCGAGCCACGUAUGUGUUAAUGUGCCCUUUUGUGGCCAAGCUAAAGAUAAUUCUCCUAUCUGGAACAACAGCUGCCCUAGGAGUUGUGUAGAGAAACCGCCCUGCUAAGGAAAACUUGCUUUAAAUAAGUUCAGUAUCUUCUGCAGGUCUGAGUCAGAAAGUGGCCGGGGGGCUCCAGAGGGAGCACUGCCACUGCCCAAAGGGUGCGUGUUGUUGGGGGGCAGCUGUGCUGUGUUCCCACAGAGGUGGCUCAGACUGUGAGUCCACAGGACGAGGUGCAUCCGGCAGCGUGGAAAAUGGGCGGGGGGCUCCUGAGCAAUCUGUGCUCUGGUGAUAACCACGCUUAGAGCAUAAAUCUUGUGCAACUCUGUGAUAGCCAGCACUCCCUCGCCAGCAGGGCUGCCGGGUCAUGUUUCAUGCAGGCAGUGCUAUGCUCUGUGUUUGCAUUUCAGGUCCUGCUUCAGCACAGGAGUGAGAUUUGCCAGACUGCUCUACGAUGUCUUACAGAAAGGAGCUAGAGAAAUACCGGGACCUGGAUGAGGACAAGAUCCUCGGAACUCUGACGGAGGAGGAGCUCAGGAAGUUGGAGAAUGAACUGGAAGAGCUGGAUCCUGAUAAUGCAUUGCUGCCAGCAGGGCUCCGGCAGAGGGAUCAGACGCAAAAACCACCAACCGGCCCGUUCAAAAGGGAAGAACUCAUGGCCCACCUAGAGCAGCAGGCAAAAGACAUUAAGGACAGAGAGGACUUGGUGCCUUUCACUGGUGAAAAGAGAGGAAAAGCUUGGAUCCCCAAGCAGAAGCCAAUGGAUCCUGUUCUGGAAAGUGUGACCCUGGAGCCGGAGCUGGAGGAAGCCCUUGCUAAUGCCUCCGAUGCGGAGCUCUGUGACAUUGCUGCCAUCCUUGGCAUGCACACCUUGAUGAGUAACCAGCAGUACUACGAGGCACUGGGUAGCAGCACCAUCGUGAACAAAGAAGGACUUAACAGUGUGAUAAAGCCCACAAAGUACAAACCAGUUCCUGAUGAGGAGCCAAACUCGACGGACGUGGAAGAAACCCUGAAACGAAUACAGAACAAUGACCCUGAUCUUGAGGAGGUCAACCUUAACAAUAUUAUGAAUAUUCCCAUACCAACUUUAAAAGCCUGUGCUGAAGCACUGAAGACUAACACUUCUGUGAAGAAGUUGAGCAUAGUUGGAACGAGGAGCAACGAUCCCGUUGCUUUUGCACUGGCAGAAAUGCUGAAGGUCAAUAACACGCUGAAGAGCCUGAAUGUGGAGUCAAACUUUAUCUCUGGGUCUGGCAUCCUGGCUCUUGUUGAAGCACUCCAGAGUAACACAUCCCUCAUAGAGCUCCGAAUCGACAACCAGAGCCAGCCUUUGGGUAACAACGUAGAAAUGGAAAUUGCGAACAUGCUGGAAAAAAACACCACCCUGCUGAAGUUUGGCUACCAUUUCACUCAGCAAGGUCCCCGGCUCCGAGCAUCCAAUGCCAUGAUGAAUAACAAUGACCUAGUGAGGAAGAGAAGACUUGCGGAGUUGAACGGGCCUAUUUUUCCCAAGUGCAGAACUGGAGUGUAGCUCCCAACCAUGGAGGUCUUUCCCAGCGGGUCUGUGCUACUGUGACAACCUAAAGGCAAAGAAGUGCCUUGAGAGAGUUAUUUGUGGUGCCUCGGUCCUGUUUCAUGCACUAACAGUUUAAAGUAACUAGUGGCUGUAGUUGAAGAUUUUUAUCCAGUAGCACUGUUGAUGUUUUCUGUAGAGCUGGAAACUAUUCAUGCCAGUAACCUGCCAAUGUUAUGCAACCUCAGCUGAGCGUACAUCCCGGUGUAAAAGUAACUGCAUUAACCUGGGACCUCAUUUUUCUAUAAACUUUCUGCACAGUGUUUCAU